AUGCUGUUACAGGAAUUAUGGCUACUCAAGAUCAAUUGGGAUGAACCGCUGCCAUCUUAUAUUGAAACUCGUUGGAAGUCUCUCAGAGAAGAUCUUACUAGACUGGCCAGUCUCUCAAUCCCUCGAUGGUUUAAUACGCAUCAGGACUCCAUCAUUGAACUUCAUGGCUUCUCUGACGCAUCAACUCUCGCCAUGGUGGCAGUAAUUUAUAUUACUGUGAUUUCACCGUUCACAAAACUCAGUGUGGCCACACUGGUGUGCUCGAAGACUAGAGUCGCACCCCUCAAGAAGCUCACCAUCCCGAGAAUGGAACUUGGCGCAGCUGUACUGUUAGCCAAGCUCAUGCACUAUGUUCAAGCGAGAAUCAAGCUCAACGUGAAGAACAUUCAUUUGUGGACGGACUCACAAGUGACACUCGUCUGGAUCAAAUCUCAUCCCUCACGCUGGAAGGACUAUGUAAGAAAUCGAGUUACAUCCAUCCAGGAGCUCACAGCUGGUGCACAUUGGAGAUAUGUGCCUGGAGCAUCAAACCCAGCUGAUUGCGCAUCACGAGGCUUAAGCACUCAUCAGCUUGAACAUCACGAUCUGUGGUGGACGGGACCACCAUGGAUGACAGAGCCCAGUCAAUCAUGGCCGGCACAACCAACACUCUGUGAAGAUUCAUGUGCUCCAGAAGCUCGUCCUGGAGCCACUCAAGUGUUUAAAGCUCAAACACUCGACUAUCACUGGGAUCUGAUAUACAAAUAUUCAACUUUGAAACGACUUAUUCAUAUCACAGCACUCUGUUUCAGAAUCAUCGCGAGGAUGAGGCGACUGAAUGUCAAAUCAUUGCACGCUCCAUUUUACACUCCAGAUGACUUGGAACUCGCACGGAUAUUUUGGAUAAAAGCUACGCAAUCCGCAUAUCUGCCUCAUGAACUGAAGAUGCUCAGUUCAGACGCCAAGUUGCCCUCGUCCCAUGUUCUCAGCCGACUAACUGCCUUUUUGGACGAACAUGGAGUCAUUCGAGUUGGAGGACGCUUGGAGAAUUCACAACUCUCUUACGAUG